UUAUAAUACGAACCAAAAAAGAAAUUAGAAAGUGAGAAAGAAAAUAAGUUAGAAAUUAGAAAAUGGAGAAAAUUAAGUAACAGAAGACGAAGAACAGUGUCAUACAUAUUCAGCUCCGACAACAACCUUUUUUCUCUUUCUUCCCCUCCCGACACACCCAUCUCCAAAAUCAGGUUAUGAAGUUGUUGUGUUUGUGGUGAGAGUUGAAGAUUUUUUCAUAGUUUUUUCUUCUGUGUGAUGGCACAAAACUUAACGGGUCAGCUUGUUGGUUCAGAGAUACAUGGCUUCCACACUUUGAGGGACCUGGAUGUUGGGGAUACCUUGGAGGAAGCAAAAAGCAGAUGGCUUCGUCCUAAUGAGAUUCAUGCGAUACUCAGCAAUUACAAAUAUUUUACUAUCCAUGUCAAGCCAUUGAAUUUGCCCAAAAGUGGUACUGUUGUACUAUUUGACCGCAAGAUGCUUAGGAACUUCCGGAAAGACGGGCACAACUGGAAAAAGAAAAAUGAUGGGAAAACUAUUAAAGAGGCUCAUGAGCACUUAAAAGUCGGUAACGAAGAGAGGAUCCAUGUAUAUUAUGCACAUGGCCAAGAUAAUCCAAGUUUUGUUCGAAGAUGUUAUUGGUUACUUGAUAAGACUCUGGAGCACAUAGUCCUUGUUCAUUAUCGUGAAACACAAGAGUCUCAAGGUUCUCCUGUUACACCAGUAAAUUCAAAUUCAAGUUCAAGUUCUAUUUCUGAUCCACUUAAAUCGUGGAUUCUAUCAGAAGAUUUAGAUUCUCAGACCAACGGUGCUCAUACUGAUGGGUUCAGUCAUGAACAAAAGCUUCAUGAGCUUAAUACACUUGAUUGGGAUGACCUAGUGGCUUCUAAUGUUAAUACCGCUACUAUACCUAAUGGAGGCAGCGAACCGUGUUUCUAUCAACAAAAUCAAAGCUUACUGAAUGGCAGCUUUGGCAAUGUUGCCGGUAAUCCUUCAGCAGAAAUUCCUUCUUUCGGUAAUGUAACUCCGCCAGAGUCUGGGAGCAGUAAUGUUUCUUACUUUCCAGAAAGUGUUAACCUUCAGAAGAAUAAUGUUGAUUUCGUGGACACUUUAUCCAAUGAAGGCUUGCAAAGUCAGAACAGCUUUGGAAUGUGGAUGAACAAUGCCAUAUCCGAUACACCAUGUUCUGUAGAAGUGUCGGCUCUUGAAUCAUCAAUUCCUUCAUCUGAUCACGAUCCAUUUUCAUCACUGCUGAUGGAUAAUCCGCAAUCUUCUCUUCCAGAACAAGUAUUUAAUCUCACUGAGGUGGCCCCUACAUGGGCUUCUUCCACCGAGAAAACAAAGGUUCUUGUAACUGGAUAUUUUCAUAAUGAUUAUCAACACCUUGUGAAGUCCAAUCUAGUGUGUGUCUGUGGUGAGAUAAGUGUUCCUGUAGAAAUUGUUCAGGUUGGAGUUUACCGAUGCUGGGUAUCACCACAUUCUCCUGGAUUCGUAAAUCUAUUUUUGAGUUUCGAUGGUCAUAAGCCUAUUAGCCAAGUUGUUAAUUUUGAGUAUCGUACUCCUAUUUUGCACGACCCUGCCACUUCAAUGGAAGAGACACACAACUGGAUCGAGUUUCGACUUCAGAUGAGGCUUGCUCAUUUGCUUUUCACAACACAAAAGAGCCUUGAAGUCGUCGCUAGUAAAAUAUCACCAACCGCAUUGAAAGAGGCUGAAGUUUUUGCCUCAAAAACAAUAUUUAUUUCCAAAAGUUGGCAACACUUUUUGAAGUCCUCCGACGGAAAUAGAACUCCGUAUCCCCAAGCCAAAAAUACUUUGUUCGAAAUUGCGUUGAAAAACAAACUAAGGGAAUGGCUUUUGGAACAAAUUGUUUUAGGACGUAAAACUACUGAGUAUGAUGCACAAGGGCAAGGUGUACUUCAUUUGUGUACAAUUUUAGGAUACACUUGGGCUAUUUCCUUAUUUUCGUGGUCACGCUUGUCGCUCGAUUUCCGUGACAAAUUCGGAUGGACAGCUCUUCAUUGGGCAGCAUAUAAUGGAAUGGAGAAAAUGGUUGCAACUCUGUUGUCUUGUGGGGCGAAGCCGAACUUGGUCACGGAUCCAACACCACAAAAUCCCGGUGGCUGUACUGCUGCAGAUCUUGCUUAUGUGAAGGGAUAUGACGGUUUAGCCGCUUAUCUUUCGGAAAAGUGUCUGGUAGAGCAGUUCAGUGCCAUGAGCUUAGCUGGAAAUAUUAGUGGUUCACUGGAAACCAUCACAACUGAUCCGGUAAAUCCUGAGAACCUUACUGAGGACCAGGUGUACCUAAAGGAUACAUUGGCAGCUUACCGAACAACGGCCGAGGCAGCAGCACGCAUCCAAGCUGCAUUUAGGGAACGCGCGCUAAAAUUGCGAUAUAAGUCUGUUCAAUUUUUAAGCCCAGAGGAGGAAGCACGCCAAAUAGUAGCAGCAAUGAAGAUUCAACAUGCCUUUCGCAACUUUGAGACAAGAAAAGCGAUGGCGGCCGCUGCUCGGAUCCAGCAUAGAUUUCGUACAUGGAAGUUGCGUAAGGAAUUUCUCCACAUGCGACGUCAGGCUAUUAGAAUUCAAGCUGCAUUUAGGGGCUUUCAAGUGCGUAGACAAUAUCGCAAGAUUAUAUGGUCGGUUGGAAUUCUCGAGAAAGCGAUCCUGCGUUGGCGUUUAAAGAGAAAAGGUUUCCGCGGGCUUGAGGUGAAUCCCUUCGAAGAUGUGAAAGAUGAGAAGCAUGAAAAUGAUGUAGAGGAGGACUUCUUUAAGAGCGGAAGGAAACAAGCGNNAGAGCGUGUUGAGAGGUCUGUGGUACGCGUACAAGCCAUGUUCCGAUCUAAGAAAGCGCAACAAGAGUAUAGUAGGAUGAAGAUGGCACAUAGUCAAGCACAGCUUGAACUUGAAUUAGAAGAAAUCAUCAAUUAUGAAGUGGACAUGUUAACAACAAAGACAUCAUAGCUUUUCAAAACAAUGUUCUCAUGAAAGGUUUAUGUUUUUGGGAUGAAUUCAACUUUAGAUUUGUGUAAUGUAACAAACUAGUGAUAUUUUGUUGUUUUAUUUAUUUAUUGUAUAGCAUGUAGAUUCUGUAAAUUCCUUAGUGUGUAAAUUGAACUUAUGACCCUUUCAAAUUUGUUUAAUACCUUGAAUGGGUCAUCUUUGAAGCUUUCAUGCUUAAUUAAGCUGUUUGAUGGAUGCUUCUGAUGCAAGAUGAAGUGUGUAACUUAAAUGAUAAAGCCUUCUUUGACGUGAUUAAACAUUUGUUGUCAGAGCUUUUAUGUAAUGAUAUAGUUUCCACUGUUUAUUGUGUGAUUAA